AAACACGGAAAUACAGUGUCGUUAGAACGUUGAGUCGCUGAUGCAGAUGUCAACUAUUUGCACUAUAGCUGAUUUGAUAUUCAUAGCGAAAUUACUCACAAUUUAGACACAUACCUAGCUAUCUAGGUAGUGCGCCACACAUUCCCUUUUCCUAUCUAUGGAGUUUUUGCAGUUUCUAUCAUGGGCGUGCAUCGUAUUUACAGUCGGGAUGUUCUCGACUGGACUGACGGACCUGAAGAAGAUGAGAGCUUCCAAAAGUGCAGAUAACGUCCAGUUCCUCCCCUUCCUCACCACAUGCCUCAAUAACCUGGGCUGGCUGUAUUAUGGGAUACUGAAGACGGAUGGGACUCUGGUCCUGGUUAACACCAUAGGAGCCUGUCUACAGUCCCUCUACAUCUUCUCCUACUGCCACUACACCAAUGACAAGAGGCGAGUGACCUCUCAGACAUUACUAGCAGGAGGAGUGGUCUGUGGAGGCUGGCUGUACUUCAGUGUUGUCCUGCCUCAGGGAGAGUCUCAGCUGGCCCAGCUAGGUCUCACCUGCAGCCUGUUCACUAUCAGCAUGUACCUGAGUCCACUCGCUGACCUGAUGGAGAUGGUGCGUACUGGUAGUGUGGAGCGUUUGUCCUACUCUUUGACUGUAGCUACCUUCCUCACCUCAACAUCCUGGACGCUCUAUGGACUACAGCUGCAAGACUACUAUAUCAUGGUUCCAAACACGCCAGGCAUUGUGACCAGUCUCAUCCGGUUCUUCCUGUUCUGGAGAUUUGCAUCUGUCAAUCAAGGCGUGCCAUCCUAUAAGCUCAUCGAAAUCUAAGUGGCUGGAGACUCACACCAAUGGUUACAAGGGAGAGAGAUAACAGGCUUCUAGACCCUAUCAUGGUCAGGCUGUCAAUCACUGAUAUUGUUACUCAUAUUGUAAAUGAUUCAUGAUCACUCCUACCCACCAAGGGUUUAAGAAGACUUUCUCCUCUCAAGGCAGAAGCUGUCCCUAAUCACAGAUCUAGGAUCAGAGUACCCUAGCAAUGGGGGAUGAAAAAU